UCUUAGCAUGACUGGAUUAUGGGUUUUUAUUUUUGUUUUUACCACCAUCUUCCAGUCUGGUAGACGCUGGGUUACUGCACAAUCCACAGUACUAGAUAUUUAUCAGCUUGAUGAAGUGCUCAGUGUGGAUAUCGGCAACUCGGCUACUCUGCAGUGUUGUGUUUUUGGUAUAAAAGACGAAGAAAUUAUCUGGUUCAAGCAGCAAAAUGGAAAACAGCCUCAGAUUAUUUUAAGAUUCUUUAAAACCGCUCAAACAACAUUUUACAAUGAAUUUCAAAAUUCUCAAUUCCAAAUAAAAAAAUUUGGAAACUGCUAUAACUUGACCAUUUUAAACACUGUGCUGUCCGAUGAAGCCAGGUACUACUGUGCACUCGUGUUUGCAGCUGGAACACAUUUAAAAAUCAAAGGUGAGCAUGUUACUAUUGCAUCAGAAACAUCUAAACCAUCUAAUUCAGUGGUGUGUGACAAAACACUGCACAGAAACAGCAAUAACAUGAACAUGCAAGAGAAAGCUGUGCUCAUUUUGGGAUCUGCUUUGGGCUUCAGUGUCCUUAUAAUUGUCUGUCUUGCUUUCUUCAUCAUGUGGAAAAGAAUACGUGGAAAUGAGUCUACAGGCGAUUUGGCAGGAACAAUGCAGGAAGCUGAAACAUUAAAUUAUGCAGCUUUACAAUUCUCCAAAAGAAAAGUCAAAGCUGAGAAAAGAAGAACUGGUGCAUUGGAUGAAUGUGUGUAUUCUGAUGUUAAUAAAACUAAAAAAUAAAACAAAUUCUUCAUGACGCAUGGAAAACUUAUUCUGCUAAAACGGGAAAAAAAUAUCAGGUAAUAAUUUAUUUAAUAUUUUUAUCAACU